AUGGGUUUGCUAGCGCUUGGAACAGCGCUGGAAUGGCCCGAGGCCAAGAAGAAGGCACACCAGGUGCGGCAAUGGGGAAUUGAGCAACUACUUGCGAAUUGGCGCCGAGCAAAGGGCAAAGAGCGGGAUGCUCUUCUCUGGGGAGACGAGGUUGAAUACCUCGUGGUAGCCCUCGACGAUGCAGCCAAGAAAUCCCGGUUGUCUCUGGCCCAAGCUGAAAUCCUCAAGUCAUUGGCCAGAGACGAGGCCUUGUGGAAGGCUGGAUCUUGCAAGAACAAUGAGGACAAUGGCCACGACGGCGAGGAACCACCCCAUUUCCACCCCGAGUUCGGGAGAUUUAUGCUGGAGGCUACACCCGGACGCCCGUGGGGUAUUGGAUUCAAAGACCUGCUAAAGGUGGAAUCCAACAUGAAGUGGAGGCGAGAGGUUGCGAAAGCGCACAUGGCACCGAACGAAUGCCCUAUUACACUGACGACAUUUCCUCGAUUGGGGACCAAGGACGACUAUAUCCAACCAUAUUAUGCGCCAUCUGGGCCCGCUCUCCGCUCUCAGUUUGUCCCCGACCAAAUUGCCAAUCCUCACAUUCGAUUUCCCACGCUGGCCGCCAAUAUUCGAUCGCGAAGAGGGCGCAAGGUAGAACUGAAUGUUCCCGUCUUCAAAGACACCAAUACGCCCACUCCGUUCAAAGACCCAACUGUCAACUACGACCUUUAUAACUGGCCCGAGGACGCCGAUGUGCGCAAUGGCGCCGCCAAGGUCGACCAUGUGUAUAUGGAUGCCAUGGCAUUUGGGAUGGGCAGUUGCUGUCUGCAGAUCACCUUCCAGGCGAAGAAUAUGACGGAGGGUAGAAGACUUUAUGAUCAAUUGAGUCCACUGGGGCCGAUUCUCCUGGCUCUCACUGCCGCCACCCCCAUCUACAAGGGAUUCCUCGUGGAUACGGACGUGCGAUGGAACCAAAUCGGUGGAGCCGUCGAUGACCGGACACCGGAAGAACUCGGUGAAGCUCCUCUCGAGAACGACCGUUGGCGGAUCCCCAAAUCUCGGUAUGCCUCGAACUCGACUUAUAUCUCGCAAGAUCCCCGGUUGCGAAAGGAGUACUUUGACCCGGAUCUGGUCGUGGAUGAGGAUAUCAAGAAACGGCUAAUGGAUGGAGGCAUGGAUGAGUUGUUGGCCACGCACUUUGCACACCUCUUCAUUCGCGAUCCUCUGGUGAUCUUCUCCGAGGAUCUCGAAGAGUUGGAUCUCAAUAAAGCAGACCACUUUGAGAAUCUGCAGUCCACAAACUGGCAGCACAUGCGAUUCAAGCCGCCGCCCCCGGACAAAGAUGAUGUUGGAUGGCGGGUCGAGUUUCGGUCGAUGGAAAUCCAAAUCACGGAUUUCGAAAACGCCGCAUUCAGCAUCUUUAUUGUCCUCAUUACGCGGGCGAUCUUGAGCUUCGAUCUCAAUUUCUACAUCCCCAUCCAGCGAACGACAGAAAACAUGGAGACGGCUCACGCCCGCAACGCCAUCCAUGACCGCAAGUUCUACUUCCGCAAGGACCCGUUCCCCCGGCGGAUGCCCAAGAGCACCCAACCGUCCAACGGCAGCGCCUUCUCGUCCACCACUUCUUCUGCGGUCAACACGCCGCCACCGUCUCCUCCUCUGGGUCCGGUCGAGACCGAGUACGAGCUGAUGACCAUCUCGGAUAUCGUCAACGGCUGCGCUGAUGGGUCGUUCCCGGGUCUGAUUCCGCUUGUGGAGUCGUAUCUCAACAGCGUCAAUGUGGACGUCGAGACGCGGUGCUUCUUGGCCAGCUACCUCGACCUGAUCCGCAAACGCGCCGACGGAACCCUUUGGACUGGCGCCCGUUGGAUCCGCGAGUUCGUGGCCAAGCACCCUCGGUACCAGCAUGACAGCGUGGUGUCCGAGGAAAUCUGCUACGAUUUGGUCAAGGCAGUGGAGGAGAUGACGGCGCAGGAGGGCCGCCAUGGCUCCGUGGGAUGGGAGCUUCUGCGAGGAAAAAGGAACUAG